UGGAUUGCCGCCAACACAAAGUCCUUUAAAACCCUUUCCUUCUUCCAAAUUUCUUCACGCUUCAUUUCAUUCCUCAAUCCCUUUCAGAGUUUCGCGUUCAACUGAAUCAAGUCUACAAUGCCAGGAAAGCCUAAUUUGAAUCCACCUACACUCUCAUGUGUUCCAGUCUCUGGGACUGAAGAAGAACUAGAUUCCAAGAAUCACAAAGAAGGUUCCGGUAAUCACGAAAAAGAAGGUUCCAUGAAUCACGAAGAAGAAGGUUCCAAGAAACACGUUGGGAAAGACUCCAAGACUCGCGAAGAAGGUUCCAAUAGUCACGUAGAAGAAGAUUCCAAGGAUCACGAAGAAGAAGGUUCUAAGAAAGAAGUAGAAGAAAGUUCAGAGAAUUAUGAGGAAGAAGGUCCUAAGAAUCAAGUUGAAGAAGGUUCCAACAAUAACGAGGAGGAAAAUCCCAAGACUCGCGAAGAAGAUUCCAAGAACCAUGAAGAGAAAGAUUCCAAGAACCUCGUAGAGAAAGACUCCAAGAACCACAAAGAAGAGGAUUCCAAGGAUCACGAAGAAAAUGAUUCCAAGAACCACGAAAAAAAUUAUUCCAAGAAACAGAAAAAGAGUUCUUCCAAGAAGCUCGGAGAAAAAGAUAUCAAGAAAAAGCUAGAAAUUCCGUUGGUUGAGACCCUUAUUCAAACUCGUGUCAGAAAACUUACCGAGUCUUUGCGUCAAGAGGAGCUCGACCGAAAAGCUUGGGUUUCUAAACAUAUGGCAGAGUGGCAUGAGGCAGAAGCUGAAAUGGAUAUUCGAUAUCUAAAGAAGUCAUUUCCUGAUAUUUCUCAACAAUCCCUUAGAGAUGUAUACCUUGUCAACGGUGGUGAUCUGGGAGAUACCUUGGACAUGCUCAGCCUGCUUGAGAGUGAUGACUUGGGGCCUUCUGAAAUACCGGAUAUCGAUGAUCCUUCAGCAGAUGAUGAUUCUACUUCACCAAAAGAGAAGCAACCUGAAAAAUAAGCCAGUGCUUCGCCAAAUCUCAAUAAAGCAAUCAGCAAGUGUAAAUGUAGGAAAGUUUAUCUUUGACAGCACAUUUUUUUUGUUUGUUUACUUCUGAGCUGGUUGAAUAUUAUUUUGCUUUUGGUAGCGAAAGUGUUAAAUUUUGCACUUUUCUUUGUGAAAUAAUUUUGAUGUCUCGCAUCGGAGAUAGUAUAAUAAAAGUCACGAAGUUGCAAUGCAAUUCACCU